AUGAGCAUGGAACCAUCUUGGGUCGUGCCUUGCGACUCGGGUUGGUCCAUGGAAGAUGCAGCUGCUGCGUGGAGUAGUGAUCAUAGGAUUAGCUUCCAAACAUCCUUGCCUAGCGGUAGUGAUAGCGGAAUGCAGCUGCAGGUGGUUGAGUAUGCAGCCCCAGCCACACCCACACACGAUACUUGUACAGAUCAGGACCAGGUGCUCAAGGAAGUAGUGCAAGCGUUCAAUGCUGACUAUUUGGACAUUAUGGAAAAGAAGAUGCACAGGUUCCCUCCCAGCCUGGUGGAUGUCGACGGCCGGUACAAGGUCCCGGUGACUGUGUCCAUCGGCCCUUACCACCAUGGUAAAUCCGGCCUGCUGGAGGCAGAGCAGGUAAAGCAUGCGGCUGCCAACCAAUGCAUCAGGGACUCGAGGGGCUCACUCCAGGAGAUGUACACUAAGGUCUCCUCCGUCUCAGUCGUCGCCCGCAGACUCUACCACCACGAUGACUUCGUGCCGAUGAUGUUCCUUGAUGCUUGCUUCUUGGUGCAGUUCAUGCGUUGGUAUUAUGUCCACGACGACGAGUUCGAUCAGGCGCUGGUCAGCUAUUUCUACGCCAACUUCGAGCGCAUCUACACCGACAUAAUGAUGCUCGAGAACCAGAUCCCUUGGGUGGUGGUUGAAACCAUCUUCCGCUUCAUGCCGCCAGCGCCCUCGCCCUGGCCCUGGGAGAUGUUCGUCGCUGCGAUGAGAAGGGGUCUGAAAAACCAAAUGGUUGACGACGCCCUGAAAAAGGAAAUGGUUGGCGACGUCCAUGACAUCGACGUAGAUCCUGCCUAUGAACCGCCGCAUCUCCUCGGCCUCGUCCGGUUCUACAUCGUGGGAAACUACGACAACGACAACAACGAAGAAGAAGCCGACAAUAUGAAUGAAGAGGACGACAGAAACCUCCAGCUCCUCUAUGGAGACAAGCCCAUGUCAUUAUCUAUGAGUGUUGCCGAGCUUGCGGACGUUGGUAUCACGCUUCUACCCAGGGAGGAAACAAAAGCAGUGCCAGUAGACAUGGGACUCCGCAGGAAACACCACUUCUUCGGUGUUCUCUCCGCGCCGCCCCUGUGCCUGACCGACGCAAAUGCGACCUGGCUCAUCAACAUGGCGGCCUUCGAGUUAUGCAGGGACUAUUGUUUCGAUGGUAUUUCUGAUGGAAAUUCUGCUGUCUGCUCCAGACGGCGGGAUGCCUUUGAAAUGGAAAACGGCCGGCAUCUAAUUGUCGAUGGCUUGAAACAUGAUUACUAG